UGUUUCAACGGCCGUUCGCGAACCUCGAGGUUGCCCGCGAAAAUCGACGACAAUCCCAUCCGAAGUCUUCAGAAUUUUCGGAAACUUUUUCACUGAACAGCGUCCGAAUCCUCAGAAAACAGAUCAGGUUUCACGUCAGAUCAGAAUUGUUCGGCUUCUUCGCCGUGGUCCUCGCAUUGUCCGCGAUAAUCGAUUUCCUACCUCGAACUUGUAAUUUUCUCAAGAACUAUAUUUCAGACCGUCGUUCCUGCAGUUCGAGAUUUUUUUGUUUUUUCUCGGAGAGGUUUCUUUCGUAAGUAAAAUUGGUGGGUUUAUGUUACAGCGUGCAGCAAAUUAAUGGUCUUUUGCAAAGUGUGCCUGAAGUGAUCAAAAUUAUUUUGUGAACCGGUAGAAGAAAUAUUUCUCGUUAUGAAGAUAUUAUGCAGCCUUAUGAUGGUCUUGAUUCUUCGACCGGCCAUCGCCGGAAUCGUUAGGAAGCCGCCGGCCUUUUCAACACCAAUUUACUCGAAUUCGUAUCUCCCCGCCGCCAUGCAGGUAAUCUUCCACGCGGUCGAGCAAUUGAAGUUGCUCCAAGCGGAGGAAAUAUUGCAGGAGCACUUAGCGAGUAAGACGACGACGACGACGACGACGUCGAGAACGACUCGGCCAAUGAAGCAUCAACUGCAGUCGACGACGCCCGCAGGGAUUUCCACCGCUAUAGUUUCCUCCGCUACUGCGAAAGUGCAAGAAGAGACAUCUGAGACUCUUGAACUGUCACUAACUUCGAUUCCGGCGAGCGAAGCGUACAGUGAAGGAUCGCCCGAUAAUCUGAUGGAAGCUGCUCAGCUCGUGGAAACUUCGGACGCGAGCGUGUCCGAUCGCGAUCACGAAGAGGUGCCUGAAGCGAACGCAGAGACGACCGAGAUAAACUACGCCACGCCGGAAACGAAUUACGAGUCGCCGGAAUCCGUGCAAGAAACGCAGGAGCAGAAUCAGGAACUUCCGGAGAAGAGCGAGGAGGAAAUGUCCUCAACCAACGGCGGUUCUGCCACCGAGGUAUCAGUCGUGGACGCAACCUCGCAGUACGAUGGUGCAUCCUUUAUCACGGAUCCACCGAGUGGUCAGAAGAAAGAGCAAUCGUCCGUCGACAGGGUAGUGGACGAAAUUUACGAAAUCGUGAAGACAACCACCCCCUCAUUUAAUGAGGAACCGGAGAAUUCUGAGUCGAAAAAUGCGACGAAGACCUCGAGCGAGAAAGAGAACGAAGAAGCGGACGAAGAGGAAGAAACGAGGUUCACUCUGCUGGGAGAGAAAGUGGUUCAAGUGCCGCGGCCGAGUUUGAGCAGCUACUUGAGGCGCACCAAAGUACCGUCCAGGCCGGCCCUUCAGCAACUGGCGAAUCUUUACGACGUCCUCAGCAAGGACGCGCGGAAGCAAGGAUACGCACGUUUCGCCGGCUACUCGGACGAGGUUUUGAAGGAUCUGCAGUCGUCUGCCGAGGGUGGCGUCGGUCCGCAGCUGAAGAAGCUGCUGGAGAAAGUGAUCGAGCGGAACGAGCUCACUCGGGAUGAUGCAAAGAUGAGGACGUCACAGGCGCUGCGAGACCUCGAUGAUCCUGCCAGCGCGCUCAGCAAGGAUCUAAGACGCCUUCUGCCUCUGCGUUAUACAGCCUGACAACGAACGAAGGAGUUUUCGUAGCUUCUGGGAACACGAUGAGCGAGCAUCCUUCAUAAUUUAUUCCUCUCGGAUAAUUAUUGCAUCUAUAGAAAUGUGAAUUAAUGUCUCUUUGGAUUUCUGGUGCUCUUCAAAGCUUUGCAAUUUAUAAAAUGUGGAAAUGCACGUUUGAUUGUUAAGGAUUAUUUGAUCUUUGCGAAUAUUUCGCCAGUUCUAUUAUUCUCAUAAAAUUUAUUAUGCGAAUACGUUACGUUAAUUAGUACGCUUGUAGUGCAGGCGAUGCUUAAAUUUAAUUCUCUGUGUUUACAUUUCUGAUAUGUGUGCAAUAUGUGUGCGUAGCAAUACAAUAAAUUUGUAUAUUAAAAAUUUAUACAUUUAUGAAUGUAUUUCGACCAUAUAUGUAAGUAUUACAUAUAUGAUUUCGUCAUGAGCGAUAUGAACAUUAUACAAAUAUAAAAUUAUAAUAUUGCCACUAA